AGAAGUGAAAAGAACACGGGAGGAACGAAAGGGUUCUCUCUCGCUUCAUUUCUCUCAUCCACUUUAAUUCCCGGAUUAAUUCCGCUUCAAUUCUUAUUUCCCGUCUGCCUGGGCGAAAGAUCGACAGAAAAGAGUCCAACGGAAAAAGGCGAUCGCUCCUUCUCCUCCUCUCAUCCAAGAUUCUCCCUCGCGAGCCGAUACGGGCGGGCGAUUCCGAUAGAUUGGGGCCUCCUUCUUCGCCGGCGGCGGCGGCGGCAGCGGUCGAGUUGAAUUGCUGAACCUGCCCCGGACAGCGGUGAUGCCGAAAGCGCCGGGGACGCUGCGGAGGAGCAGCGCUGUCCGGUGGACCGAGUCCUAGGUCGACACCCUUCCCUGUACCCGAUCCCCUCCCCCGCGACGAGCUGCUGCUAUGGAGGUUGAUUCGACGAUGUCGACGGAGUCCGGCCACGAUCCGGCUGCUGGGAACCACACCGGGAACCCGAAUGAGCCCUCCUCGUCGCCGUCCGCUCCCGGGGCCGUGCCUCCGGCGGAGGCGCAGCCGGUCGCGGCCGGGCCGAGGCCUGCGCCGGGGUACUCGGUGGUGAAUGCUGUCAUAGAGAGGAAGGAGGAUGGCCCGGGUUGCAGGUGCGGCCACACUCUUACGGCCGUGGCGGCCGUCGGUGAAGAGGGAACGCCUGGGUACAUCGGGCCGCGGCUUAUACUCUUUGGAGGAGCGACAGCGCUCGAGGGCAACUCAGCUGCUCCAGCAUCACCGACCGGAAGUGCUGGCAUCCGUCUUGCAGGUGCAACAGCUGAUGUUCAUUGCUAUGAUGUGCUCUCUAAUAAAUGGACAAGGGUGACACCUCUUGGAGAACCCCCAUCACCCAGGGCUGCACAUGUCGCAACUGCUGUGGGUACUAUGGUGGUAAUUCAGGGUGGAAUUGGCCCUGCUGGUUUGUCUGCCGAGGAUCUUCAUGUUCUGGACUUGACACAACAGCGGCCACGGUGGCAUAGGGUUGUUGUCCAAGGACCUGGUCCAGGAGCACGUUAUGGGCAUGUGAUGGCUUUAGUUGGGCAGAGAUUCCUACUGACAAUUGGUGGAAAUGAUGGAAAGCGACCUUUAGCUGAUGUUUGGGCCCUAGAUACUGCUGCCAAACCAUAUGAAUGGAGGAAGUUGGAACCGGAAGGCGAAGGUCCACCUCCGUGCAUGUAUGCAACUGCAAGUGCACGCUCUGAUGGUCUUCUUUUGCUUUGUGGUGGGAGGGAUGCAAAUGGUGUGCCUUUAUCAAGUGCAUAUGGUCUUGCAAAACACAGGGAUGGUCGUUGGGAGUGGGCUAUUGCUCCUGGGGUCUCUCCAUCUCCGAGAUACCAGCAUGCUGCUGUAUUUGUCAAUGCAAGACUUCAUGUCUCUGGAGGGGCUCUUGGUGGUGGACGCAUGGUUGAAGAUUCUUCAAGCAUAGCAGUGCUGGAUACUGCUGCUGGAGUUUGGUGUGAUACAAAGUCUGUUGUUACAAGUCCCCGGCCAGGGAGGUACAGUGUUGAUGCAGCCGGUGGAGAUGCUUCUGUUGAGCUAACAAGGCGUUGUAGGCACGCAGCUGCUGCAGUUGGUGAUCUAAUUUUCAUAUAUGGAGGACUACGUGGUGGUGUUCUGCUUGAUGACCUACUUGUUGCCGAAGACCUGGCUGCUGCUGAAACAACAAACUCGGCUUCCCAUGCCGCUGCAGUAGCUGCUGCUUCAAAUGUACAAGUAGGAAGAUCAGCUGGAAGAUACAUGUUUUCUGAUGAAAGAUCAAGGCAAAGUAGUCCUGAAGCAGUUCCUGAUGGUGCAGUUGCCUUGGGAACUCCAGUGGCUCCUCCUGUCAAUGGAGAUAUGUUUGCUGACAUAAGUACUGAAAAUGCUCUGUUCCAGGGAUCAAGGAGACUGAGCAAAGGUGUUGAAUACUUGGUUGAAGCCUCAGCAGCAGAGGCUGAGGCAAUUAGUGCUGCUUUAGCUGCAGCCAAAGCUCGGCAAGUUAAUGGUGAGGUUGAGCAAUUGCCUGAUCAAGCUCAUGGUUCAGAGGCUACUCUAGGUGGAAAGCAAGUGUGUAACCUGAGUAAAGCAUCAGAUUCUUCGCUACCUAAUAAUGGCACACCCACUGGGGUCCGACUACAUCACAGAGCGGUCGUCGUUGCUGCCGAGACAGGGGGUGCAUUGGGUGGUAUGGUUAGGCAGCUCUCAAUUGAUCAGUUUGAAAAUGAAGGCAGAAGGGUCAGCUAUGGCACUCCCGAGAGUGCAACUGCAGCUAGGAAAUUAUUAGAUCGGCAAAUGUCAAUCAACAGUGUGCCAAAAAAGGUUAUUGCUCAUCUAUUGAAACCCCGUGGUUGGAAGCCCCCUGUCCGCAGGCAGUUCUUCUUAGACUGCAAUGAAAUUGCUGAUCUCUGUGAUAGUGCCGAAAGAAUAUUUACUAGUGAGCCAAGUGUUUUGCAAAUUAAGGCUCCUGUCAAAAUCUUUGGUGAUUUACAUGGUCAGUUUGGAGAUCUCAUGCGUUUGUUUGAUGAGUAUGGUGCCCCUUCAACAGCAGGCGACAUAGCUUAUAUCGAUUAUCUCUUCUUGGGUGAUUACGUUGAUCGGGGCCAGCAUAGUCUGGAAACUAUUGCUCUUCUCCUUGCAUUGAAGGUUGAGCAUCCUCACAAUGUACAUUUAAUUCGUGGAAACCAUGAGGCAGCAGAUAUUAAUGCUCUAUUUGGGUUCCGGACUGAGUGCAUUGAGCGAAUGGGUGAGCGUGAUGGAAUCUGGACUUGGCACCGCAUUAAUCGACUAUUUAAUUGGCUACCAUUAGCAGCUUUAAUUGAGAAGAAAAUUAUCUGCAUGCAUGGCGGAAUUGGUCGGUCAAUAAAUCAUGUAGAACAGAUUGAAAACCUUCAACGACCCAUCACCAUGGAAACAGGCUCAGUAGUUCUUAUGGAUUUACUAUGGUCUGAUCCAACGGAGAACGAUAGUGUUGAGGGCUUAAGGCCAAAUGCCAGGGGUCCAGGCCUGGUUACCUUUGGGCCUGACCGAGUUAUGGAGUUCUGCAAUAAUAAUGACCUCCAGUUGAUAGUUCGAGCACAUGAGUGCGUCAUGGAUGGUUUUGAGCGUUUUGCUCAGGGUCAUUUGAUUACUCUUUUCUCUGCAACUAAUUAUUGCGGCACUGCAAACAAUGCAGGCGCAAUCUUGGUUUUGGGCAGAGAUCUUGUGGUUGUUCCAAAGCUGAUUCAUCCUAUACCACCUGCCGUAAGUUCACCUGAAGCAUCACCAGAGCAUCACAUUGAAGAUACAUGGAUGCAGGAGCUCAAUGCCAAUCGACCACCGACACCUACCAGGGGCCGUCCUCAAGUGGCAAGUGAUCGGGGUUCUCUUGCCUGGAUUUAGCCAUCUUUGAUGUCGCAGUCGUUCGUGUUCUUUGGUCUGAGGCUCCUGGUGGGGGUUUGCCCAACCCAUUCUUUUUACAACCAGGCAUACGGGUUUCUGAGAUAACCAUCCAAACUUGUAAAGAUCUAGAUGAUUCCAGAUAGGGAGAGCUAAAUCCAAAAAGAUGCAUAGUAGCUGAUGUUGAUGGUUCAGGGUCAUCAUCCUGUAAACUGAAACCCAGGCUGUUGGUUUACCUGCACCAGGAAGAAAUGGAUUCGAAAUUGCCUCACUGACCGAGAGAAGCUUCACGCCUGUAUAUUCUGCUUGAGUAGGCUAGUGUAUGUGGUCGUGUCAUCUCUUCAAAUCAAUAGGCUUACCAUGCCAUGGCGGGUAUUCUUUAUGUUUACAUCUCUCCUUUGUAGAAGACAUAAUGUUGAUGGUGAAAGCAAACGUUGAGUCGGGCAAUUCUGUGAGAAAUCCUGUAUAAUAAAUAUAGUAGAUUUUUUCUUUCUUAG